UUCGGGGACGCUGCCCCACCGUCCUAGUUUACCCCGGGGGUGAGUUGAGUUACCCACCCUCAGGCGCGAGAUUAUUGGGUUUGGCCGGAGGGCCCAGGGGCCCUGUGGCGUCGGGGGUCUUCCCCUACAGGGUGGGUGGGGGCUGUCACCACGUGGCUUCUCCUUUUUUUUUUUUUUUUUUUCCGCUCCAUUUUUUUUUCAAGUCGAUUUUAUUUAGAGGCGGCGCCGGGGCGGCCGCGGAGAAACGUGACACACCAGCCCUCUCGGAGGGGUUUCGGACCGAAGGGAAGGAGCCGCGCCGCGUCGUCCGUCUCCCUGCGCGCCGCUGGCACUUCUCCUGGACUCCCCGAACUCUCUCGCGACCUCUGCGCGCCCUCAGGCCGCCUUCCCCGCCCUGGGCUCCGGACAACUUCUGGGGUGGGGUGCAAAGAAAGUUUGCGGCUCCUGCCGCCGGCCUCUCCGCUUCUUGGCCUAGGAGGCUCGCCGCCCGCGCCCGCUCGUUCGGCCUUGCCCAGGACUGUGUCCUGCCCCGAGACCGCCACCAUGAACAAGCUUUACAUUGGCAACCUCAACGAGAGCGUGACCCCCGCAGACUUGGAGAAAGUAUUUGCGGAGCACAAGAUCUCCUACAGCGGCCAGUUCUUGGUCAAAUCCGGCUACGCCUUCGUGGACUGCCCGGACGAGCACUGGGCGAUGAAGGCCAUCGAAACUUUCUCCGGGAAAGUAGAAUUACAAGGAAAACGCCUAGAGAUUGAACAUUCGGUGCCCAAAAAACAAAGGAGCCGGAAAAUUCAAAUCCGAAAUAUUCCACCCCAGCUCCGAUGGGAAGUACUGGACAGCCUGCUGGCUCAGUAUGGUACAGUGGAGAACUGUGAGCAAGUGAACACCGAGAGUGAGACAGCAGUGGUGAAUGUCACCUAUUCCAACCGGGAGCAGACCAGGCAAGCCAUCAUGAAGCUGAACGGCCACCAGUUGGAGAACCAUGCCCUGAAGGUCUCUUACAUCCCUGAUGAGCAGAUAGCACAAGGACCUGAGAAUGGGCGCCGUGGAGGCUUUGGCUCCCGGGGUCAGCCCCGCCAGGGCUCACCUGUGGCAGCGGGGGCUCCAGCCAAGCAGCAGCAAGUGGACAUCCCCCUUCGACUCCUGGUGCCCACCCAGUAUGUGGGUGCCAUAAUUGGCAAGGAGGGGGCCACCAUCCGCAACAUCACAAAACAGACCCAGUCCAAGAUAGACGUGCAUAGGAAGGAGAAUGCAGGUGCAGCUGAAAAAGCCAUCAGUGUGCACUCCACCCCCGAGGGCUGCUCCUCUGCCUGUAAGAUGAUCUUGGAGAUUAUGCAUAAAGAGGCCAAGGACACCAAAACGGCUGAUGAGGUACCCCUGAAGAUCCUGGCCCAUAAUAACUUUGUAGGGCGUCUCAUUGGCAAGGAAGGACGGAACCUGAAAAAGGUGGAGCAAGACACCGAAACAAAAAUCACCAUUUCUUCGUUGCAGGACCUUACCCUCUACAACCCUGAGAGGACCAUCACUGUGAAGGGGGCCAUUGAGAAUUGUUGCAGGGCUGAGCAGGAAAUAAUGAAGAAAGUUCGAGAGGCCUACGAGAAUGAUGUGGCUGCCAUGAGCCUUCAGUCUCACCUAAUCCCUGGCCUGAACCUGGCUGCUGUAGGUCUUUUCCCAGCCUCGUCCAGCGCAGUCCCGCCACCUCCCAGCAGCGUUACUGGGGCUGCUCCCUAUAGCUCCUUUAUGCAGGCUCCCGAGCAGGAGAUGGUGCAGGUGUUUAUUCCCGCCCAGGCAGUGGGCGCCAUCAUCGGCAAGAAGGGGCAGCACAUCAAACAGCUUUCCCGGUUUGCCAGCGCCUCCAUCAAGAUUGCACCACCUGAAACACCUGACUCCAAAGUUCGUAUGGUUAUCAUCACUGGACCGCCGGAGGCCCAAUUCAAGGCUCAGGGAAGAAUCUAUGGCAAACUCAAGGAGGAGAACUUCUUUGGUCCCAAGGAGGAAGUGAAGCUGGAAACCCACAUACGGGUGCCAGCAUCGGCAGCUGGCCGGGUCAUUGGCAAAGGUGGCAAAACGGUGAACGAGUUGCAGAAUUUGACGGCAGCUGAGGUGGUAGUGCCGAGAGACCAGACCCCUGAUGAGAAUGACCAGGUCAUCGUGAAAAUCAUCGGACAUUUCUAUGCCAGUCAGAUGGCUCAGCGGAAGAUCCGAGACAUCCUGGCCCAGGUUAAGCAGCAGCAUCAGAAGGGACAGAGUAACCAGGCCCAGGCACGGAGGAAGUGACCAGCCCCUCCCUAUCCCUUCAAGUCCAGGACAACAACGGGCAGAAAUCCAGAGUGUGCUCUCCCCGGCAGGCCUGAGAAUGAGUGGGAAUCCGGGACACCUGGGCCGGGCUGUAGAUCAGGUUUGCCCACUCGCUUGAGAAAGACGUUCUAGUGAGGAACCCUGAUCUCUCAGCCCCAAACACCCAGCCAAUUGGCCCAACACUGUCCGCUCCUUGGGGUGUCAGAAAUUCUAGUGCAAGGCGCUUUUAAACGUGGAUUGUAUAAAGAAGCUCUCCAGGCCCCACUAAGAGGGUGGAUAACACUCCAGUGGGAAGAAAAAUAAAAUUUCUAUCAGGUUUUAAAAACAUGCAGAGGGGUGUUUUAAUCAGCCUUAAAGGAUGAUUUAUUUCUUGACCCUACUAACACUUUUCCAGUAUUCUUCCUCCUACUUGGGUAAUUGAUUAAAAUACCUCCAUUCUCCACCUCUUUCUAUAUUUACACUAAUUGUUUUAUCUUUAUUGCUACCAGAUAAAAAUGGGAAUGAAUGCAUCGCUUUGCUUACAAUAUUGACUCAAGGGAAAAGAAAAGUCAGUGUCUGUAGAUUACUCUCUAACCAAUCAAUAGGUAUAAUAAGGAAUGAAGAAGAGGGAAAAAUGGAGAGAAAGAUGGUUAAAAUACAUAGUAAUCCACGUUUAAAAGGAGUGCCCUUGUGGCUGAUCUGUUCCAGUUCACCAUCUUCAAAUUGGCACAACUGAAAUUCCCCCACUCUGUUGGGGCUUCCCCACAUUCACGUCCCUCUCCCGUGUAGGUUCCACAUUAUGUCCAGGUGCACAUAGGUGGUAUUGAAUGCUCAGCAGGGUAGGGGCUGACCACUGUCCCAGAUUCCCAUCGUUCUCAGGCAGAUUUUAUAUUUUUUUAAAGUCUAUUUUAAUGAUUGGAUAUGAGCACUGGGAAGGGGAUGCUAACUCCCCUUGAUAAAGUCUCAGUUCCAUGGAGGACUUGAGUGGCCCCAAAGGCUGCCACAGUGCCCUCACCCCAGCCCAUGUGUUCCCAUAAGGGCUGGUUCCUGGAGGCAGGGGUUGUGGGGCACUCCCAGCCACGGCACUGUUUCCUUGGUAGUGGGACUUGGAACGCAACCCUGAACUCCUGAUAAAGCUAAAGUCCAUCAUCUGGCAAAUUCAGUAAAUUGGAGAGUACUUGCUUCUGUUUGUAUCUGAGAGGAAUUUUUAACGGACGGUUUCUGUCUCCGUGAAUUAUUAUUGGCAUAUUCCGAAUACCAGCAGCAUUGUACACCAAGGGGGUAAAUAAGCUUAAUUUAUUAAUUUACCAGGCUCAAUAAGAUCCCAUGGAGUGUUUAGCCCUUGUAGGGGACAGAAGCCAUCAGUUAAAUGAGGUUAGGCCUCCCCUCCUAAUAUACUGAUUGACAAUGCAUAUUAGCCAGGUAAUGCACUUUAGCUACCCUGGACAAUGCUAUCAAGUGUGCUGGGAAGAGAGGAAGGCCUCUCUACAUGUGGAAAAGCCCAUGUGUGGAGUUCCCUCCUUUCAACAUUGCAACAACGGUAACAACAAGACAACCGCAACAUGUGGGCGUAGUCAGGCAAUGCUGUGUGCGAAGUAAACUACCUCAAGGUAUGAAGUUACCUCAGCAAUUAUUUUCCUUUUUGUUCCCCCAACCCCAUUAAAAAAAUUUUUUUUUGAUUUUUGUUUUUUUGCGGCUUGCUGAUAUUUUAUAUAAAAAAGCAAAGCAAAGCAAAAGAGAAGCUGAUAGUCUUGAAUAUUUUAUUUUUUUAAUGAAAAGAAAAAACAAGAAAGUUAUGUUUCAUAAUUUCUUACAACAUGAGCCAGUAACCCUUUAGGAACUCUCUAUGGAGAACAGGCCUGGUGGGAAAGGCUGUGGGGGCUGGCCCCUUAGGAGGAGGCUAGUUAGUGCUAAGAGGGAAGGCCUAGGUUUUAGAGAGCCCAGAGGGGCAGAGCCCAGAGGCUUAUUUGGCUCUGAUCUCUGACUUCUAGAGCCCCAGCUGCUGGCCGCUGCUGGAAUAUCCUACCUGUUAGGGUUAAAAGGCUUAGCAGAGCUGGGGGCCCUCAGUGUGGCAAAACAGUAUCUAAUAACCAACCACUGACCCUUGGUCUCCUCUUUCCUCCUCUGGUUAAACAGCAUCCCAGCCAGCUUUUCCCACCAGUGGUGCUGUUGAGAUAUUUUAAAAUAUUGCCUCCGUUUUAUCGAGGAGAGAAAUAAUACCUAAAAAAUAUACCCUUUAAAAAAAAAUCUAUAUUUCUCUGUCUAAAAAUAUGGGAGCCAAGAUUCCAUUCAUGGAAGAAAGACAAGGCCACCCUCUCGCCCUCAGAGAGGUCCACCUAGUUUGGCAUUGCAAUGCUUUUCAUUAUUUUUGUUAUUGUUUCAUUUCAAUUCCAUCUUGCUAUUCUUCUUAAUCUGUAUCCAUAGAUCCAAGGGGCAAAUGGAUACUAGAUAACUGCCCCCACCUCUUUCUCCCUGUUUUCUUUAGAUUGGUCUGAUUGAUUUUAAAAGUGGACCCAAACUUAGGAAAUUACUCAUUUAGGGUGGCUGGUGGCAAGGAGGGGCAGGGGAUAUGGAGCCAUGACUGGGACAGGUUCCUGCUUUAUCACUUUCUCCCUAGACAUUCCCUUGUAGCCCCCAGAACUGUCUGGCCCAAAUUGAAAAGAAGCAGAAAAGCAUUUAAGGAUCACAUCAGGCCAGUAGAAUUAAGCCUCUCCACCUGUCCCAACCACAGAAAGGGUCUCCCAGCUUUCCAUCUCUGGCUCUAUAUGCUUUAUCCCAAAACAAAGCAGAUAACGUUCAGACAUCGGCCAUGUAGUAAUUUAAAGCGAGUUUCCAGCAGCAAGCAUGCUUUGAUAUCUGGUUCAGGCUAUCAUCAGGAAGAAAAAAAUAUCCCACAGUACCUGAAAUGUGAUUGUUGCAGUGUUCAGUUUCCUUGGGGGCCUGCUCCCUUCACAACUUGAGUCCAAGUCCUUUUCCGUUGGCUGAUUCAGCUCCCAGAGGAAACCAGGAAGUGGGUGGCAAGGGACUGGAAAAACUUGACUUGCUUGCAUUAGGCAAGGCUCCACUCAUUGUUGAUAUUUGCCUAGCAAGAAAAUCGUGGAAGUUAUACCACUAGUAAGCAAAAGGAGCGUGGUUUGGUGGUUAAGGUUUAGUGGGAUGAAGGACCUGUCUUGGUGGGCCCUCCUGUGCCCUGUAGGCUAGGUCUUAGGGCAGCUCCUUGCCCUCCUACUCAGUGCCUCCAUUUCCCCAUUCUUGGUGAGAUAACAAGCUAUUGCGAAAAGCACUUGGGAGAUUUGGAUGAUUUGAGAAGAGUGACUUAAAAAAAAAGCUUCUGUGCUCUAAGAUAUAUAUGUGUGUGUGUGUGCUACAUAUAUAUUUUUAAGAAAGGACCAUCUCUUUAGGAUAUAUUUUUAAAUUCUUUGAAACACAUAACCAAAAUGGUUUGAUUCACUGACUGACUUUGAAGCUGCAUCUGCCGGUUACACACCAAAUGGCUUUAAUCCCCUCUCGGGUCUAGUUGCCUUUUGCAGUUGGGGUUGUGGACUCAGCUCCUGUGAAAGGGUCUGGUUAGGAGAGAGCCAUUUUUAAGAACAGGGAGUUUUAUAGCCCUUCUACUUUUUCCUGACCCUUCCUUCUGGCAGCAGUUGGGAGCUAUUCUCUUAUUUAGGCCUCACUGUUGGCAGAAAAGACCCCAUUUAAAACCCAGAGAACACUGGAAGGGGAUGCUCUAGUUGGUUCUAUGUGUCCAUUUUCCUCUGUGCCAAAGACAGACAGACAGAGGCUGUUUCUGAAUCAAAGCAGUAGCCAGCUUUGGACACAUACCUGGCUGUCUGAGGAGGAAGGCCUCCUGGAAACUGGGAGCUAAGGGCAAGGCCCUUCCCUUCAGAGGCUCCUGAGGGACUAGGGUGUGGUGUUUGCCAAGCCAAGGGGUAGGGAGCCAAGAAGUUGGUCUGUCAGCUCCUGGUUGCACUUUGGGGAAGGAGAGGAAGUUUGGGGCUCCAGGUGGCUCCCUGUUGUGAGACUGCUCUCAGUCCCCUACCCCUACUGCAGAGAUAGCACUGCCGAGUUCCCUUCAGGCCUGGCAGACGGGCAGUGAGGAGGGGCCUCAGUUAGCUCUCAAGGGUGCCUUCCCCUCCUCCCACCCCAGACAUACCCUCUGCCAAACUGGGAACCAGCACUGCCAGUAACUACCUCACAGAGCCCCAGAGGGCCUGCUCGAGCCUUCCUGCUCCACAGGAGAAGCUGGUGCCUCUAGGCAACCCCUUCCUCCCACCUCUCAUCAAGGGUAGGGGGGUUCUCCUUUCUUUCCCCUGAAGUGUUUAUGGGGAGAUACUAGUGGCUUUGCCAUUCAAACCACUCGACUGUUUGCCUGUUUCUUGAAAACUAGUAGAAGAGAAACAGCACAGCCUGUCACAGUAAUUGCAGGAAGAUUGAAGAAAAAUCCUCAUCAGUGCCAGGGGACAUAAAAGCCAUUUCCCUUCCAAAUACUCGAUAAUUUAGAUGCAGAACAUUUUUCUGUAUUCAGACUUAGAGUAACACCAGCUGAAAACUUCAGUUUCUUUCCUUUGGAUACAUAAGUCUUCUCUAUUGGGGUACAGGACAGGGAGGAGGCCUCAUGUCUGAAGGGGGAUUUAGGGGCGAGAGCCCCAGCCCUGACCCUUGGCCCUGUGCCCCGCUUUGGGGCACAGUCUGAUGGCGCCUUUGCUGGUGCCUUAGUUUGGUUGACUCCGGAUGGACAAAAGAAAAAGAAUUUUUUUUCUUGAAUGAAGUAGCAGGAAGCUCCUCGGGAGCAUGUGUUUUGAUUAACCGCAGGUGAUGGAUGCUACGAGUAUAAAUGGAUUAACUACCUCAAUCCUUACAGUAAGAUUGGAACUAAGGGCAGGGACUCGUGCAUAAGGGUAUGAAUCCCAGCCAGGACAAGUGAGUUGAGGCUUGUGCCACAAAAGGUUUGUCCUUGGGGAACAGGCAGGCCUGCCAGGAUCCCCCCCAUCAGUUGGGCUGGGAUGGCUGGCCGUGAGGUCCCCACUUUCUGCUUUCCUUGCCCAUGUGUCACCCCUUUGGCCUCCAGCUUGUCCCUCUCUCACUUUCUAUAGCUUUGUUGGACCAGAUGGUGAGGAAAGGAAUGGCCUCCCCCCUAGAGGGGGCUGGCUGGAGUGAGACCUGGGGCUUGGUCUGGAACCCACCCACACAGCCCCUAAGUCAGAAAGCCUGGGGAAGCCAGAUCUGAGACCUCUUCAACAGGGUUUCUUUGAGAUCCUACACCUCCACUGGGCCCCUUCUCAGUCUUCAAGGGGGCCCCAGUUGACUCUAGAAGAGGUGGAGCAGGAUCCUUCGCCCUGGGAGAGUCUGAGGGCCUGGUCCUUGGACUCCUUCAGGCUGUCUUUGUAGUUGGGGGAGUUCCACUGGGCAAUCCCAGCUCCUCCCCACCCUCUAAUGGACCUCCUCAUAGAAGCCCCGUUUCACUUUUGUUUUAUCUACCUCUUAGCAAAACAAUAGAUAAAUUAGGUAGUGGCAACUCCACUUGCUUAGGUUAGGGGGGGAAAAAGAUUUCUUUUUCCAAAGGAAAAAAAUAUACCUUGAGAAUACUUUCCAAAAAACUUAAAAAAAAAAAAAAAAAAAAAAAAACCAAAAAAAAAAAUUUUUUUUUUUUUUUAAAAGAGGGAGACAUUGUCCAGUGAUCACUGGAUUGUUUUAAUUUUCCAAGCUUUUUUUUCCCCCGUAAAUAAGUUUCACUCUUUGGCAAUUUUCUUCACUUGUUUAAAAUAACAUGCUAGCUAUUCUAACAGGUACAGCUUUCAGUCUGCCCCUGGCUUGUCUCACCCCACCCCCACCCCGUUCCUGCCAGUGAGUCCUUCCUGCGCUUUUCUCCCUUCUCCCCUCCCAGCAAGCUGACAUCAGUCACCCCUGCCCCUGCCAACAAGCUCCCAGGAAUACAGGCUUUGUUUUGGGGAUGCUUAAAUCUUGACUGGCACUUACCCACUGUGGGGCUGGGGAACCACUUGUAACAUUUCUGUGCACAUUUUAUGUUAGCCACUGCUAUGUAAAAGUACGUUCAAAAUGAAUUUCAGCAGAUGAUGAGUUACCAUAAUGAAUAAACGUCCUCCACCACCAUUUGGAGUCUCCCUUUUCUCCAGAAUCUCUAUCCUGGUCCCCAAAACCAGAGUAAAUCAAAAGAGCCUCCUCCCCUGAGACAAAGUGGAUUUGUAAGCAGUUCUGAAACAUCCUUCUGAAGCAGAAGAGGGAAAGAUGUAUUUUGAUGAGAGCAAAUCGGGACGGGCUGGAGGCCUACUGCUCGGGAACGUUUUAAAAAAUAUGAGUGCUACCUUAUUCUGUAAUUUCAGCAACUUUGAAAUUGUGUUUUACUGGAUUCCGCCAGCCAUCACCACCCAAUUUUGAUUGUAUCCUUCGUCCCAUCCUUUAAUCUGUGCAUUGCUUUGUCUGGGGGAGGUGGGGCAGCUGGCUCAGAUGUUGGAGUUUGUUCUUUGAUGGAUGAACGAACACUCCAGUUUUCUUUCCCAUGAAGCCACAAACCACUUCAUUUUGCUGUUUCAAUUUCAAAAUAAAAGGAAACAUAUUGAAAGACGA